AUGGCUAUCCCGAAUGUUGCAUUGCAAAAGUUGCUCCAGGAAGUCGAAACGCAGGCCAUCCUCUCCCAGCAGAAAAUCACUCAGACUCAGGCAGAACUGAGUGCCAAACGACGCGAUGCACGCUUGAAUCAUCUCACAUCCGACGAACUCAAGUCUCUGUCCGACGGCACCAAUGUAUACGAGGGAGUAGGGAAAAUGUUCGUCGCCGUGCCGAUUUCGACCUUAAACCAGCGCCUGACUUCCGAGGCGAGUACGCUGAACAAAGACAUUUCCGACUUGGAAAAGAGACUGCACUAUCAAGAGACAACAUACAAAAAUAGCCGGCAGCAUAUCGAGAAGAUCCUACAGUCCGGAUCUGCCUAG